AUGAAAGACGGGUCCGAGACCUUCGACAAGUUUGUAACCACAAGGAAGGAGGAGAAGUUUGACCAGAAUCAAACAUUUCUUAAAUCUUCCCCUCUUUUAACCGUGUCUGCAAAUGCAAAUGCAAAUGAAGGUGACGAUAACAUUGAAGUAGUAGUUCUCAGUGAUGAUAUCUCCAAAAGCAAUACCUCAAUUCAAGGUCUUUCAAAUGCCAAUGCUGAUGAUAGCUUACAGAUAAUGGAUAUUAUCAUGAAAGAGACCCCACAAUUGGACAAACCAGAGUUACCACCUAUUUUAGAUCAGUCUACAAGCCCGAUAAGACAACAAAUUGAUGCAUCUAGUCCAAUUGCGGCAGUUAACGGAGUUCAAUGUUCAAGACUAUUUGUUGGUAGCAGUUCACAGAACUCUCAAGAAGAGUCCUAUAAACGGAAAUUCACUGCCUCUGACAUUCUCCAAAUGACAGAAUCAGAAGGUGAAGAGUCCAUAUUGAAAGAGCAGCCCACUAGAAAGAAAUUACACAUGGAAGUACCUCGAUCACAGAGCGCUGUGUUAACUCCCAUAAAGCCACAGUCUCCAAUACAAAUGGCUGGCCUGACUUCUCUCGCAAUCACACCAGCCCGUUCUCGAGAGUCAAAUCGAGGUCCAACAAAAUCCACAAUGGCCAACUUCUUCUCAUCGUCCCCUGUACCAGUUCAUGCAGCAGCUCAGCAUAGAAGUUAUGCAAGUCCGACUACAAAAAAGCCUUCUAAUACUUUCUAUUUAAUCAAUACAUUGUCUUCACCAGCGAGGGUCCUUUCAAGCUCACCGGUUUCAACAAGGGUUCACGAUUCACCAAGUAAAAAGAUCACAGUUGACGUACCUCGACCUAAGAAUAACAACAUACCCAUUGUGAUUGAGAACCUUUCAAGCGAUCCCAUUGAAGACACAAUCGAGCCUGUUGCUCCUUUAACAAAAAGUAAACCUUCUAAGAAGAGUUUAAAUAAGUCAAAAAAUGAUUACACCUUAAAAGAACUAAAUGCUGUCAAUAAGAUAGUUCGAAGAAAGGAAGAUCUAAUGGCAGAGAUGGUAAUUCACAUUUCAGAACAUCUUUACCUUAACAAGUUUAAACAGGAUUAUAUGAUGGCCAAAUUUAUCAAUACUGAGAUUAAACAAGAGUCCAUAAACGAGCCAAUAAUAUAUUGGACAAGAAAUGUGAAAGCAACAUAUGAUACAGAGAAGGCGCUAUUUUUACCUUGUGAACCCAAAACCAUCAUGGAAACCAAUUUAAUGGUGUAUUUAAACGCAGAAGAAUUCUUCGAUGGUAUUGUUGAUGAGGAAUUCAUUAACCAAUUUGAAUCUAAUACGAAAGCCUAUGAAUUAAGAAACUUAUACCGCAGAAUCAAUUCAAUAAUAGAAAAUUUUAGAAUGAAGCUAUCCUUUAACAAAUCCCCACAUGUUGUGUUUAUAAUUGAAGGGUUUGAGAAAUUAAUGACAAAGUUAAGAUCAAGAGAGAACAAAAAGUUUAGAGAUCUUGUAACCGGAGUUUCAGACCUUCCAAGUUCACAAGAGGCAAGCCAAAAACGAUCCAAAAAGGCUCAAGAGAAAUUAUUAUAUUCUCUCCCAUCAAAAGAAGUGGAAAAGUUACUUAAAUAUAUUCAAUUUGAAACUGGGAUACCAGUUUUUCUUGUUAGAGGAAACCAAGAAGCCAUUGAAUGGUUGUAUCUGUUUACUUAUACCAUAUCCAAAUCACUUUAUGAUCGUUUAAGCCGUAACAAAGACUUUGCUCACUUGAACACAGUUGGAUCUGGGGUUGAUGCCAAACUGACAUUUAUUCGUUCUCUUGCAUUAUUUAAGAGAAUGACACAGGAAAAGGCAACAUCACUUUAUCCCAAAGCUGGCUCUAUGAAGCAGUUGUAUAAAAUUUAUGAAAGUGGGAAAUUGGUGGGCUCACCUUUACCCACUACAGUUGAUGCCUCCAUGAGACGAUUCUUUACCAGUGAUGAUCCAGAUGAGAACAUAAGUAUUGAUUAA